AUGAAGGAUGAAAGUGAAGUUGCUGUUAAGAGAGUUUUGGUGCCAAGUGAGGACAAAACAGUUGAAAACGAAAAGGAAAUCAUGAGUCUCAUUGAAACGAAAAACUGUCCAUUUAUAGUGAGUUAUCGUUAUUUUCACUCUGGCAAUGAGUUCAUGUAUCUUAUUGUUGAUCUUUGCGAGGAAAACUUGAGAGAACUUGUUCAUGCAUGCAGUAUUGAACAUCUACAAGAGCAUGGUCCACGAAUGAUUAGGGAAAUUCUAUCAGGACUUGAAUUUCUUCAUGGUGAAGGAAUAUUGCACAGAGAUUUAAAACCUUCAAACGUCCUGGUUGAUAUCGAAGGUCACAUGAAAUUGGCAGACUUUGGAAUAAGCCGUAUUUUGAAUGACGAUGAAACAACAGUUGUAACAUUCGCCAAAGGUACUCCUGGAUGGAUGCCAUCGGAAGUAGCUCAAGCCAUUGAGAAAGAUGAGAAAAGUCGUUAUAAAAGGAAAUCAGAUGUCCAGGUAGCAG